AACCCAUGUUCUUUUUAUAGGAACGGCAAAACGAUCUCAUAAGUAGACCAUUUCCAGGAAAUGACCAAUACGCUUCUCUACCAUGAGUCAAAAACAGUAAGAGGAAAGGCUUUAUUGCUGAAUAGUGGUACUUUCUCUUCCUUGUUCCAAGACAAUGUUCCAACUCAAGGAUUAAAUUCUAGAGCAAAAAGAUAUCCAGUGUGAGAUGCAGGGGGCUAUAUCACGGGUCUGCAUGGUGGUGGUAGCUGCCAUUCUCAAUCACCCGCUGCUUUUCCCUAAGGAGAACACAACCAUCACAGGACAAGAAAAUGACAUUUUAGCUCGGAUGAAGGAACAUGAGGAGAGGAUCCGGACUGAACAAACGCGUCUUGAGCUGGAAAUCUCUAAAACAGAUCAAGAAGUCCUGAAUUCUAGCUUUGAUUGCUAUGGGUGGUACUUCUGGAGUGCCCUUUCUCUUGUCAUUUUCUUUACAAUUGAAGUUUGUAGGCAGGAUCUGAUCCCUGGCGAAGCACCUGACAGUGCUGAAGAUGAAGGCGGCUACACCAAUGGUGGAACUGUUAACGCUAAGGUUCUUGACUUUGAUAAAGGUGUCCUAAACAAAUUCUGUGAAACUAGCUUCCAUCCCUUUAUCCAUGAGUGUGGGAGAGUGCAGGAGUUUGUUGAGGGCUUUGCAGAUGACCUGCUUGAGUCUCUGAGGAGCAUUUGUGACCGUGAUGUUGACAUGGAACUUGAGGACUUUGUUGGAGUGGGCAGCAUGUUUGAGUCUUGGAGAGUAUGUAAGCCUCCCAUGUGUGAUCUCAUUGUGCCAUUUGUAACUCCGGAGCCUUACCAUUUCCAGUUCCAGCUGUGGUGUGGUGCAUCCUCCGACAUCCCAAUAGGUCUGCAAGGAUGUGGAAGGAUUAAGCUGACAAAUACCAGUGAGAACUACCUGGACUGCCUCUGUGGGACAACAAACCUGGGUGAGGACAUGCUGUGUCUGCUUCACAACAGAAAUGACAGUGCCAAAACUAAUGACCAUGCCUUGGAGAAACUGCUGUGCUCAAGAAACACUACUUUCUUAUCAAAAGAUCAGGUGAUGAAGUGGUUCCAGAUCUCAGUGACCCGAGCAUGGGGGCAGAUUUCUCACAAGUAUGAGUUUGAACUCACUUUCCGCAACCUGGAUUCUCCUGGGGCGUUAAAGAUCAGGUUCAGCUCAGGGAAGGUUAUUGUUCUAAAUAUUACACCUGCCAUUCAGCUUGAAGACUCAGAUGCUUACUUCAUCUCUCAUUUUCCUUGUGACACUGGCAAUGCCUCAGACAUAUAUUGGCACCUUUCGUUCACUGUUUAUGAAAGAAAUUUGCUUAAACACAUGGCAAAGAGCCUUCCAGAAAACUCUUGCCACCUCUGGUGCCUUCAGCUAGUGUCUUUCUUACACAGAAAGCAAGCAGGUCUGACAGGAAUGAGUGCCCUUACCAACUACCAUUUUAAGACUGCUCUCUUGCAUUUGCUGUUGAAUAAAUCUCCUUCAGCAUGGCAACCACAGAAUCUGAACCAGAGGUUGCAGGACUUGUUGGGCUUCCUACAGAAAAGCCUACAGGAAAAAAGGCUUAGUCAUAUUAUCAUAGGGAACCCUCUUGUCCCAGCAGAAAUUGCAGUUCCGAGAAUAUUCCAAACUGCUGAGCCAAUAAACCUUUUCAGACCUUUGGUAAUACAGAGGCAAAUAUAUGCCAAGAUGGUGGAGCAUUUUCAUGAAAUGCUUAAAAAUGCAGCAGUCCUUAUUCAAGAGUACACCCCCCACUUCUCCAAUGGUGAUGGUCAUCAUGGAUUCAACCACCGAGUCGUACACUGACUCACUGUACAAAUGGAAAUAAGAGGACUCAGUUGCUUGUUGCUCUUUGCUGACUUCCAGGUAAUAAUUACAAGAUGAAUUUGUAUAUAUUUGGGAGCACUGAAUGACUAAAGAAUGACUAAAUUCCUAUAUUAAUAGUGUUCACUUUAAGUUUAGGCAGCUGUUACUGUGGUAGUUUAAACCACCUCAACUUAUAUAAGACACAUCUCCAAGUAGUGUUAUACUAAUAACAUCUAAUAAUAUAAUGUGGAAAAGGAAUUCUAACAUUAUUAUAUGAGAAUCAUUGAAGGUCUUUUUGUUUCUUACUUCCUUUUUAUGUUUUGGGUAUAUAGGAAGUCUUUUUAUCACAUGCAGAGUAUAUUUAUAUAGUGCUUUUCUAGGUCCAAGCCUGACGGGCCAUGUAUGCAUAUUAUGGCAAGUCAGUUUACUUUGUGUAGCACUUAUUACAAUAUAGACAUUGUCAUAAAGCAGCUUUGCAGCCCCAUAAAAGCAAGUCAAGGGUGACAAUGGCCAAGAAAACAUCCUAAAAGAUAUCAGAAUGAAUCUUGAGGGCAACCAAGGUUCAAAAUAAGAACCCAGCCUUCCUCUGGAAAAGUGGAUGAAUAAUCACAGAAUAAAUUUAAUGUUCAUCCAAGUUUGACUGAUUCCUGUACAUUAAGUUAAAAAUGAGCAAUUUCAAUAUUAAACUUUCCUCCCUGAAGUUUAAUUAUCCUAUCCACCUUCUCUUUUGUGGAAAAUAACAUUCAGAAAAAGGCACUGCUACUGCUGUUUUGAAAAGGUUUUAGAAGAGGGGCUUGCAUUUCAUUGACACUCAAGUGUUGAGAAUUCAGAUGCCUGUAGGCCUGGCUAUCAAUUUUAGCCAGAUAUCAUGCAGAGUCCGUCAUGUGAAACUUUUUUCCACCAUGCCAAGACUCUUGUACCAAAUUCCAGUCAUACCAAUUCUGUAUCAUUCCACAAAUGGUCAGAUAAUACAUAUGGUACUUAACAAACAAGUGCUGUAAAUAGUCAGAACUUUAGAAACUUGUAACCUUUUGUACAACCUGUAAUAAAUAGACCAAAGUUAUUUUGUACUUCUGCUUUUCAGGUAGGCAGUCAGUUUGGUAUUGGUGCUGUAUGAUGUCUUUUUUUCAGACUCUCAUGCCAGUCAUAUCAUAUCAUGCCUAAACCACAAAGGGAGUGAUAAACAUGACACAAACGAAUGAACAACAUUUGUAGAUGAUGAGUUUAGUCAAACGUCAUAGUGAGGUAACAAAAGAAUGUCUGCAAUUAAAGCUUUAAUCAAUUUUAAUAAAACAUAUCCAACAAUA